GUUUUGGGAGAAUAUUUAUGACUAUAGCUAUAGAAAGAAAUAUACAAAGAGGGUGGUUCGACUUAGUUGAUGAUUGGCUAAAACGUGAUCGAUUUGUCUUUAUUGGAUGGUCAGGUUUGCUACUUUUUCCAUGUUCAUAUCUAGCUCUAGGUGCCUGGUUUACAGGUACAACUUUUGUUACUUCUUGGUAUACGCAUGGUUUAGCUUCUUCUUAUUUAGAAGGAUGUAAUUUUUUAACCGCUGCAGUAUCAAGUCCUGCAAAUAGUAUGGGACACUCAUUAUUAUUUUUAUGGGGACCAGAAGCUCAAGGUGAUUUUACUAGAUGGUGUCAAAUUGGAGGUCUUUGGACUUUUACUGCUUUACAUGGUGCUUUUGCCUUGAUAGGUUUUUGUUUGCGUCAAUUUGAAAUAGCCAGAUUAGUCGGAAUUAGGCCAUACAAUGCAAUAGCUUUUUCAGGACCAAUUGCAGUUUUUGUUUCAGUAUUUCUUAUUUAUCCACUUGGGCAAGCUAGUUGGUUUUUUGCUCCUAGUUUUGGAGUUGCAGCUAUCUUUCGAUUUAUUUUAUUUUUACAAGGUUUCCAUAAUUGGACUUUAAAUCCAUUUCAUAUGAUGGGUGUUGCUGGAAUACUCGGAGGAGCAUUACUUUGUGCUAUUCAUGGAGCGACUGUAGAGAAUACAUUAUUCGAAGAUGGCGAAGCUGCUAAUACUUUCAGGGCUUUUACACCAACACAAUCAGAGGAAACUUAUUCAAUGGUUACGGCUAAUCGUUUUUGGUCACAAAUUUUUGGUGUUGCAUUUUCUAACAAAAGAUGGCUACAUUUUUUUAUGCUAUUUGUGCCAGUUACAGGAUUAUGGACAAGCUCUAUUGGUAUCAUAGGACUUGCAUUAAAUUUACGUGCAUAUGAUUUUGUCUCUCAAGAAUUACGUGCCGCAGAGGACCCAGAAUUUGAGACUUUUUAUACUAAAAAUUUACUUCUAAAUGAAGCAGGUAGAAGUAUUGAAUCCACAGGCUAUGCCUGGUGGGCAGGUAAUGCUCGUUUAAUAAAUGUGUCUGGUAAAUUAUUAGGAGCUCAUGUAGCUCAUGCAGGUCUAAUCGUUUUUUGGACCGGUGCAAUGACUUUGUUUGAAGUUGCGCAUUUUUUACCAGAAAAACCCUUAUAUGAACAAGGUUGUAUCUUAUUGCCUCAUUUAGCUACUUUAGGUUGGGGUGUAGGACCUACUGGUGAAAUUAUUAAUACUUAUCCUUAUUUUGUAAUAGGAGUUUUACAUUUAGUUUCUUCAGCAGUAUUAGGAUUUGGAGGACUGUAUCAUUCUCUUAUAGGUCCAGAAAUACUAGAAGAAUCAUACCCAUUUUUUGGAUAUGAUUGGAGAGAUAAAAAUAAGAUGACAACAAUUUUAGGUAUUCAUUUAAUUUUAUUAGGAAUUGGAGCUUUUUUGCUAGUUAUAAAAGCUAUGUUCUUUGGUGGAGUUUAUGAUACAUGGGCUCCUGGUGGAGGAGAUGUACGUUAUAUUAAUAAUCCAACCCUAAACCCGUUAGUAAUUUUUGGCUAUCUUUUAAAAUCUCCGUUCGGAGGAGAUGGAUGGAUUAUCAGUGUCAAUAAUAUGGAAGAUUUAAUUGGUGGGCAUAUUUGGAUUGGUUUAAUUUGUAUUGGCGGAGGUAUAUGGCAUAUUUUAACUAAACCUUUUGGAUGGGCAAGAAGAGCUUUUGUAUGGUCAGGUGAAGCCUAUUUAUCAUAUAGUUUAGCUGCAUUAUCAUUAAUGGGUUUUAUAGCAUGUAUUUAUGCAUGGUAUAAUAAUACAGCUUACCCAAGUGAAUUUUAUGGACCAACAGGACCGGAAGCAUCUCAAUCUCAAGCUUUCACCUUUUUAGUUAGAGAUCAACGUUUGGGAGAAAAUGUAGCUUCAGCUCAGGGGCCAACUGGUCUUGGAAAAUACUUAAUGAGAUCUCCAAGCGGAGAGGUUAUUUUUGGUGGAGAAACUAUGAGAUUUUGGGAUUUAAGAGCGCCUUGGUUAGAACCUUUAAGAGGUCCAAAUGGAUUAGAUCUAAAUAAAAUAAAAAAUGAUAUUCAGCCAUGGCAAGAAAGAAGAGCAGCUGAAUAUAUGACUCAUGCACCAUUAGGAUCAAUUAAUUCAGUAGGUGGUGUAGCAACUGAGAUUAAUUCAUUUAAUUAUGUAUCUCCACGCUCAUGGUUAACAACUUCACAUUUUGUGUUAGGAUUUUUUUUAUUUGUUGCACAUUUAUGGCAUGCAGGAAGAGCAAGAGCUGCUGCUGCUGGAUUUGAAAAAGGUAUCAAUAGAGAAAAUGAACCAGUGCUUUCAAUGAAAUUAAUAGAUUAAAAAAAUAUCUUGCUCUAUAGCUAUUAAUAUAGCUAUAGAGCAAGAUAUUUUUUUUUGGAAAUUAGACAAGUCCUAAGAAAUGUAGGACGCCUUUU